AAAAGUUGGGCCCUUAGCGCGCCGCGGCUGCCAGGUUGCGAGUGUUCUGCGCUGUGGCCCUCGGUUGCUCAGGUCAAAGCCAAAGGAAACAACAACAAACGUGUUGUCUGGAAUGGGCUUUUGGGGUACGCCUACACAUCUCCGCGAGACAGAGGGAUAAAGUGGUGAAGUUGCUGUUACUGUAACCUCUGGUGCUGCCCGUGAUCGCCUUAAGAUAUGUGCUGUAUUGCACUCAGCCAUUCUUACUGUGCUAAAGGGGAAAUAUUUAUUCAAGGAUAUAUGCCUAGCCUAGAAGAAACUUAUGUAAGUUUCAUCAAUUGAGUAUUAUGUCCAUUUUCCUCAGAGUGAAAGAAAAUUCUCUUUAGACAUUGUCUACGAAGUAAGAGACUAAUUGCUUUCUCAAACUGUGACCUGAGGACCACCUACAUCCAAAUUGCUUCUGGUUUUUAAAAUUGAGUCCCCAGCCUCAUUCCAGAACUACUGAAUCAGGGUUACUGGGAUUGGAGUUGAUAAUCUGCUACUUCUGAAAUUUGAGAACUGCAUCAGAGCUCUGUUAAUGUGUCAGCAGGUUAAUUUGGCAUUAUGGGGAUACAAGGAUUGCUACAAUUUAUCAAAGAAGCUUCCGAACCCAUCCAUGUGAGGAAGUAUAAAGGGCAGGUAGUAGCUGUGGAUACAUAUUGCUGGCUUCACAAAGGAGCUAUUGCUUGUGCUGAAAAACUAGCCAAAGGUGAACCUACUGAUAGAUAUGUAGGAUUUUGCAUGAAAUUUUUAAAUAUGUUACUGUCCCAUGGAAUCAAGCCUAUUCUCGUAUUUGAUGGCUGUACUUUACCUUCGAAAAAGGAAGUAGAAAAGUCCAGAAGAGAAAGACGACAAGCCAGUCUUCUUAAGGGAAAGCAGCUUCUUCGUGAGGGAAAAGUCUCAGAAGCCCGAGAAUGUUUUACCCGAUCUAUCAAUAUCACACAUGCUAUGGCCCACAAAGUAAUUAAAGCUGCUCGGUCUCAGGGAGUAGAUUGCCUCGUGGCUCCAUAUGAAGCUGAUGCACAGUUGGCCUAUCUCAACAAAGCUGGUAUUGUACAAGCUAUAAUUACAGAGGACUCUGACCUCCUGGCUUUUGGCUGUAAAAAGGUAAUUUUAAAAAUGGACCAAUUUGGGAAUGGACUGGAAAUUGAUCAGGCCCGCCUAGGGAUGUGCAAACAACUUGGGGAUGUGUUCACAGAGGAGAAGUUUCGUUACAUGUGUAUCCUUUCAGGCUGUGAUUAUCUGCCCUCACUGCGUGGAAUUGGAUUAGCAAAGGCGUGCAAAGUACUAAGACUAGCCAAUAAUCCAGAUAUUGUAAAGGUUAUCAAGAAAAUUGGACAUUAUCUCAAGAUGAAUAUAACAGUACCAGAAGAUUAUAUCAAAGGAUUUAUUCGAGCCAACAAUACCUUCCUUUAUCAGCUAGUUUUUGAUCCCAUCACAAGGAAGCUAAUCCCUCUGAAUGCCUAUGAACAUGACAUUGACCCUGAAACACUAAGCUAUGCUGGGCGGUAUGUUGAUAAUUCUAUAGCUCUUCAAAUAGCACUUGGAAAUAAAGAUAUAAAUACUUUUGAACAGAUUGAUGACUACAAUCCAGACACUGCUAUGCCUACCCAAUUAAGAAGUCAUAGUUGGAAUGACAGCACACGUCAAAAAUCAUCUAAUGCUAAUAGCAUUUGGCAUAGGAAUUAUUGUCCUCGGCUGGAGUUGGAUAGUGUUUCAGAUGCUACACGAUUAAAGGAAAAACUAAAUACUAUGGGAAUUGAGCAACUGAUUAGCACUAAGGGGUUAAAUCUUCCAAGGAAGUCAUCCACAGUGAAAAGACCAAGAAGUGAAGAGCUAUCGGAAGAUGACCUGAUGAGUCAGUAUUCAUUUUCAUUUACAAAGAAGACCAAGAAGAAUAGCUGUGAAGGUAAUAAAUCAUUAAACUUUUCUGAAGUGUUCGUACCUGACCUGGUAGGUGGACCUACCAACAAAAGAAGCUUAAGCACACCACCGAGGACAAGAAAUAAAUUUGCAACACUUUUACAGAGAAAAAAUGAAGAAAGUGGUGCAGUUGUUGUUCCAGGGACCAGAAGCAGGUUUUUUUGCAGUUCUCUGGAUUUUGUUGACUGUGUAGCAAAGGAAGUGAGCAGCCAACCUCUAGAUGAAAUUGCUGUCAAGGAUAAGGAGACUAAUUUGAGUGAAUCAGAUCAUCCAGACCUAGAAGGCAAGAAGCUGGUUGAUAGAAAUAUGGCACAUGCUUCAAAUGAUCAGAUUCCAGACGACGUAGCAGGGUUUGCUGAUGAAGACUCUCAGUCUUUUAAGACCAGCUGCUUCACAAGGACCGUUUCACCGCCUACUUUGAGGACACUAAGAAGUUGUUUUAGCUGGUCUGGAGGUCUUGGAGAUUUUUCUAGGACUCCGAGCCCCUCUCCAAGCACAGCGUUACAGCAGUUCCGAAGAAAGAAUGAUUCCCCCUCCUCUCUGCCUGAGAGUAGCAUGUCUGAUGUAUCUCAGCUAGAGAGUGACAAGUCAGGGGAUGAAUCUCAUCACUUGCAUGAAGUGGGGUCUUCACAGUCCCAGGAAAGUGUGGAAUUAUCACUGCACAGUUUCAAUGCAUCAAGUCUUUCUCAGCCUUCUAAUAAUGAUUCCGAUUCAGAGGAAUCUGAUUGUAAUAUUAAGUCACCUGAUAAUCAAGGUAAUCAGGCCUCCAAGCCACAUUUAUCUCAUUUUUCAAGAAAAGACACAUGUCUAAGGAACAAGGUUCCUGGGCUACAUAAAUCUAGUUCCAUGGAUUCUCUUUCUACGACCAAGAUCAAACCUCUAGUACCUGCCAGAGUCAGUGGGCUGAGCAAGAAGCCUGCAGGCAUCCAGAAGAGAAAUCAUCAUAAUGCCGAGAACAAGCCAGGAUUACAGAUAAAGAUCAACGAGCUCUGGAAAAAUUUUGGAUUUAGAAAAGAUUCUGAAAAGCUUCCUUCUUGUAAGAAGCCUCUGUCUCCAGUCAAAGAUAACAUCCAACUAACCCCAGAAGCAGAAGAGGAUAUAUUCAAUAAGCCUGAAUGUAUGCGUGUUCAGAGAGCAAUAUUUCAAUAAACUCAGACUGCUGUUGCCUACCUGAGAAUCUUAUCAAUUUGAAGUCCCUUUUUGGGAAUGAAGCAGUUACCAGCCUGAACGAUUUGUUCUUAGAUCUAUACCAUUUUUAAAAUAGAAUACAUUUUGUAUAUUAACU